UGCUGGUGUCGGACGUGUUUUUUGGUCGCUCCGCUCGAAACGUUUUUUUCCCCGUUUACGGCCAAUGUGUGUGCGCGCGCGAGUGUGUGUGCUGCUUGCAGUUCAAAAGGGCAGCAACAACAACACACCUCUCUUUUAAGCCAACUCUUCGGUGUGCGCGUGUGUGUGUAGGCUAGAAUUGUGGCCUGGGAAGAAUUGGCAAAUUAGUUGGCUCAAACGAAAUCUCUGUGCUCAAUAUUCAAAUUCAGGCUAGAAAGUGUCGCGUGCGAAAGUGUGCAAAUAAUAAACUAGCGAAAAAAGAAAUAAAACUUAAAUAAAACCUGUUCUAAACCAAGUGCCGAGUCCGUGUGUGUGUGUGCGUGGAGCAGAAAGAAAAGGAGAGAGAGAAAAGGGAGAAUGCAAUUAACAACAAAAAUAAGCUCAAUGAGUAUCAUCUGAAUAAAAAAAAUAGCCAAAAGCAAGCCAAACGAAACCCUUUCCAAUACGAAAACACGAUUUAAGCCAACAAAUCAGCGAUCAUGGCUAUAAUCGCGAAUGCGUCACCGCCGACACAACAAAAACAACGGCCAGCUACAACGACAACAGCGGCAUCAGCAGAAACAACAACAACAGCGAGAAGUCGAGACCGCACGAAAAGCGCAGCUCAAAUUACGUCGCAUUUGCUCAAGCGCGCCAUUUCAGUUUAUUCGUCGCCUCAAUGGAUACCGCUCUUCAUACUUAUUUAUUUAGCAACAGAUGUCGCCUCAGUGGCGGUGCCAACGAGGGAGGCAUACUUUAAUGGCUCCACUUACCUCCGCCUGACCACGCCGAUGCCCAUUUGGGACCACUCGGCGAUUAGUUUCCGUUCGUGCCGCGGCGGCGAGAUCCUCGCCCAGCAGUACAACAAGAACUCCAUCGUAAUCUCAGUGCUCAACGACUUUCUGCAAAUAUCACUGGCGGGACCUGCAGUCCAUGGGCCCAACAAUCGCCUGGACGUCAAGUUACCCUACCAACUGCUGGACAACCGCUGGCAUACGCUGCAGUUCAAGUACGAGUAUGGAAAUCUCUACCUGCAUGUGGAUCGUGCGGCAAGCAUAUUUGCCAACUCCACUUACAACAGCCAGUUUCUGACAAACCAGGACAUUGGCUACAAGGAUGCCAUCUUGAUACUAGGAAACUCUUUUUCCGGCUGUCUCCUGGAUGGACCAGGUUUGCAGUUUGUGAACAACUCCACCGUCCAGAAUGUGGUCUUUGGAGUGUGCCCACUGACUCCGGGUCCCUGCAGCGAUCACGAUCUCUUCACCCGGGUGCCGGACAAUUUCUGUCUCACUGACCCAUGCAUGGGCCAUGGAACCUGCUCGUCCAGUCCCGAGGGAUACGAGUGUCGGUGCACGACCCGCUACUCGGGUAAGAAUUGCCAGAAGGACAAUGGUUCCCCGUGCGCCAAGAAUCCCUGUGAGAAUGGUGGAUCCUGCCUGGAGAACUCCCGCGGCGACUACCAGUGCUUCUGUGAUCCCAACCACAGUGGCAAGCACUGCGAGACGGAGGUGAACAUCCAUCCCCUCUGCCAGACGAAUCCCUGCCUGAACAAUGGGGCGUGCGUCGUGCUCGGAGGAAGUGGUGCGAUUGCGUGCGAGUGUCCCAAAGGAUAUGCGGGUGCCAGGUGCGAGGUGGACACGGAUGAGUGUGCCUCUCAGCCCUGCCAGAACAACGGGAGCUGCAUCGAUCGGAUCAAUGGAUUCAGCUGCGAUUGCAGCGGAACCGGAUACUCGGGCGCCUUUUGCCAGUCCAACGUGGAUGAGUGCGACAAGAAUCCGUGCCUGAAUGGCGGAAGAUGCUUCGAUACCUACGGAUGGUACACCUGCCAGUGUCUGGACGGUUGGGGCGGUGAGAUAUGCGAUCGGCCCAUGACCUGCCAAACGCAGCAGUGUUUGAACGGUGGCACCUGCUUGGACAAAGCCAUCGGGUUCCAGUGCCUCUGUCCGCCAGAGUACACUGGUGAACUGUGCCAAAUCGCUCCCAGCUGCGUCCAGCAGUGUCCCAUCGAUUCGGAGUGCGUGGGCGGCAAGUGCGUGUGUAAGCCAGGCUCUUCGGCUUCCGACUUGGGGCCGCUGACUCCGCUCGAACUGGACAUUCUUGACUCCACACUGUGUCCCAGCGAAAAGAAGAAACGCUACAUAUCGCCCGAGUGGCUCAAACGCAAGCGUUGUGAACUAAAACUGAGUUACAACUGUCAAACGAGCACGGGCGAUGGUGCGGCUGCUUUGGCCCUGACUCCCAUCAACUGUAACGCCACCAAUGGCAAGUGUCUGAAUGGAGGCACCUGCUCCAUGAACGGAACCCAUUGCUACUGUGCCCUGGGCUUUUCUGGGGACCGUUGCGAGAAGGCCGAGAACUGCUCACCGCUCAACUGCCAGGAGCCGAUGGUUUGUGUCCAGAACCAGUGCCUCUGUCCGGAGAACAAGGUGUGCAACCAGUGCGCCACCCAACCCUGCCAGAAUGGAGGCGAAUGUGUGGACCUUCCAAACGGAGACUACGAAUGCAAGUGCACGCGGGGAUGGACGGGACGGACUUGUGGCAACGACGUGGACGAGUGCACCGUGCAUCCGAAGAUCUGCGGGAAUGGCAUCUGCAAGAACGAGAAGGGAUCGUACAAGUGCUACUGCACGCCUGGAUUCACUGGCAUCCACUGCGAUUCCGAUGUGGACGAGUGCCUCAGUUUUCCCUGCCUCAAUGGAGCCAAGUGCAACAACAAGAUCAAUGCCUACGAAUGCGUUUGCCAGCCAGGAUAUCACGGCGAGAAUUGCGAAGUGGACAUCGACGAAUGCAUUAGUAAUCCCUGCUCAAAUGGAUCCACCUGCAACGACGGGAUCAACAACUUCACCUGCGACUGCAUCCCGGGAAUGACGGGACGCAUCUGUGACAUCGACAUUGACGACUGCGUGGGAGAUCCCUGCCUCAAUGGAGGCCAGUGUAUCGAUCAAUUGGGUGGCUUCCGCUGUGAUUGCAGUGGCACCGGCUACGAGGGCGAGAACUGUGAGCUGAACAUCGACGAGUGCAUCUCGAAUCCGUGCACGAAUGGGGCCAAGUGCUUGGAUAAGGUGAAGGACUACACCUGCGAGUGUCAUACGGGCUACAAGGGCAAGAACUGCGAGCAGGACAUCAAUGAGUGCGAGAGCAAUCCCUGCCAGUACAACGGCAAUUGUCUAGAACGGUCCAACACGACGCUCUACCAACUGAGCCGGGUCACCGAUCUGCCCAAAGUGUUCAGUCAGCCCUUCAGCUUCGAGAAUGCCAGCGGAUACGAGUGCGUCUGUGUACAGGGCAUCAUUGGCAAAAACUGUGAGACCAACAUAAACGAGUGCGAGAGCAAUCCCUGCAGCAAGCAUGGAACAUGCAACGAUGGGAUUGGCACCUACACCUGCGAAUGCGAACCAGGCUUCGAGGGCACCCACUGCGAGAUCAACAUAGAUGAAUGCGAUCGAUAUAAUCCCUGUCAGAGAGGCACUUGUUAUGACCAGAUCGACGACUACGAUUGCGACUGUGAUGCGAACUAUGGAGGCAAAAACUGUUCCGUGCUUCUUAAGGGUUGUGACGAAAAUCCUUGUUUAAAUGGCGGCGCCUGUCUGCCGUACUUGGUCAAUGAGAUAAACCAUCUCUAUAACUGCACCUGUGAGAACGGAUUCCAAGGCGAUAAAUGCGAGAAGACCACAACCUUGUCCAUGGUGGCAACCAGCUUGAUUUCGGUGACAACGGAACGCGAGGAGGGCUACGACAUCAAUCUCCAGUUCAGGACGACUCUUCCAAACGGAGUACUGGCAUUUGGAACCACCGGCGAAAAGAAUGAGCCUGUUAGCUAUAUUCUAGAGCUAAUCAAUGGACGCUUGAAUCUGCAUUCCUCACUACUAAACAAGUGGGAAGGCGUGUUCAUCGGCUCCAAACUGAACGACAGCAACUGGCACAAGGUGUUUGUGGCCAUAAACACUUCUCAUUUAGUGCUUUCAGCCAAUGAUGAGCAGGCCAUAUUCCCGGUGGGCUCCUAUGAAACGGCCAACAACAGCCAGCCCUCGUUCCCGCGAACUUAUCUCGGCGGUACCAUUCCCAAUCUGAAGUCCUAUUUGCGCCACCUCACUCACCAGCCGUCGGCCUUUGUGGGCUGCAUGCAGGACAUCAUGGUCAACGGAAAAUGGAUCUUUCCCGACGAACAGAGUGCGAACGUCUCUUAUACCAAGCUGGAGAAUGUCCAGAGCGGAUGUCCGCGCACGGAACAAUGCAAACCGAAUCCCUGUCAUUCGAAUGGCGAGUGCACGGAUCUGUGGCACACCUUCGCGUGCCACUGUCCCAGGCCCUUCUUUGGACACACUUGUCAGCACAAUAUGACUGCGGCCACUUUUGGACACGAGAACACCACCCAUUCGGCUGUGAUUGUGGAGACCACGGACGUGGCCAGACGCGCAAUCCGCUCCAUUCUGGAUAUUUCCAUGUUCAUCCGAACACGUGAGCCAACCGGUCAAGUCUUCUAUUUGGGCACAGAUCCGCGCAAGGCGCCCACCAAAAAUAUUGGCGACUCGUAUGUGGCGGCCAAACUGCACGGCGGUGAGCUGUUGGUGAAGAUGCAGUUCAGCGGUACUCCGGAGGCCUACACCGUCGGUGGCCAGAAGUUAGACAAUGGCUACAACCACCUGAUCGAGGUGGUGCGCAACCAGACGCUCGUGCAGGUCAAGCUCAACGGCACCGAGUACUUCCGCAAGACGCUGUCGACGACGGGUCUGCUGGACGCACAGGUGCUCUACUUGGGCGGACCUGCACCCACACGCGAGUCACUUUUGGGAGCGACCACGGAACCGGGUGUAGUGCCUGUUCCGGGGGCAGGACUACCCAUCGAGGAUACCACAGUGCCCAAGGAGGCGGACGACAGCAGGGACUACUUCAAGGGCAUCAUCCAGGACGUAAAGGUGAGCAACGGCUCGCUCAACCUGAUUGUGGAGAUGUAUUCGCUGAACGUGACGGACGUCCAGGUGAAUGCAAAGCCACUGGGCGCCGUGACCAUCGAUCGCGCCUCGGUGUUGCCUGGUGAGGUCUCCGACGAUCUAUGCCGGAAGAAUCCGUGCCGGCACAACGCAGAGUGCAGGAACACAUGGAACGACUACAGUUGCAAAUGUCCCAACGGCUACAAGGGCAAGGAUUGUCAGGAGAUCGAGUUCUGCCAGCUGGUAACCUGUCCUGGCCAGAGCGUGUGCCAAAAUCUGGACGACGGCUACGAGUGUCUGACCAACACCACGUUUACUGGUCAAGAACGGUCUCCCCUGGCCUUCUUCUACUUCCAGGAGCCACCAUCCGAGGAGAUUGUAGGUGAAGCUGCUCCCAAGCAGACCCUCAAACCAGUGAUCGAUAUAGCCUUUCGCACUCGUGCUGGUGGAACUCUUCUGUACAUCGACAAUGUGGACGGCUUCUUUGAGAUUGGCGUGAACGGAGGACGAGUGACCAUCACCUGGAAGCUUAGCGCCCUGCAUUUUGGCGAGUCUGCACGCUUCGAGAAGGAGAACAUGGACGGAGAGUGGAGUCGCAUUUACCUUAGGGCACACAAUGGCAAACUGGAGGGCGGCUGGAAAGGCUGGGAAUCGAUGGUGGAUCCGGCGCCAGCCUUCUCCACGGACAUUGACCAAGCGGCCUUCCAGUCCCUGAUCGCGUCCAGUACUCAGGUUUACUUGGGCGGCAUGCCAGAAUCUCGCCAGGCACGGGGAUCCACUCUGUCCGCCCAGCAGGGCUCCCAGUUUAAGGGCUGUGUGGGUGAGGCGAGGGUAGGCGAUCUUCUGCUGCCGUACUUCUCCAAUGCGGAACUAUAUCCUCGUACAGAAAACGUUUCCGUACAGCUAAAGGCCCAGUUCCGACUGAACACCACGCGUCCGGAGGAAGGCUGCAUUCUGUGCUUCCAGUCGGACUGCAAGAACGCCGGCUUCUGCCAGGCUCCAUCGGAUGAGUAUGCCUGCACCUGCCAGGCUGGAUUUGAGGGCGACGAUUGCGGCACAGAUAUCGACGAGUGCCUAAACACGGAGUGCAUGAACAACGGCACUUGCAUCAACCAGGUGGCGGCAUUCUAUUGCCAGUGCGAGCCAGGAUUUGAGGGUCAGCACUGCGAGCAAAACAUCGACGAAUGUGCGGAUCAGCCAUGCCACAAUGGUGGCAACUGCACGGAUCUGAUCGCCGCGUAUUUGUGCGACUGCCCGGAGGACUAUACUGGUCCCCAGUGCGACGUGCUCAAGCAGAUGACCUGCGAGAACGAGCCAUGCCGGAACGGAUCCUCUUGCCAGAAUGGAUUCAAUGCAUCGACUGGCAAUAAUUUCACAUGCACCUGCGUGCCCGGCUUCGAAGGUCCGCUAUGUGACAUACCCUUCUGUGAACUAACGCCCUGUGACAAUGGUGGUCUCUGCCUGACUACUGGCGUGUCCCCCAUGUGCAAGUGCAGCCUGGGCUACACGGGUCGCCUGUGCGAGCAGGACAUCAACGAAUGCGUGUCAAAUCCCUGCCAGAACGAAGGACGGUGCAGGGAUCUUGUGGGCAAGUACGAGUGCGACUGCCAGGGCACCGGAUAUGAGGGCAUCCGUUGCGAGACCGACAUCGACGAGUGCAGUGUGGAGGGCGAGUACUGCGGCGGAUUGGGCAGGUGCUUCAACAAGCGCGGCUCCUUCCAGUGCAUCUGCCAGAAACCCUAUUGCGGCGCCUACUGCAACUUCACGGAUCCCUGCAACGCUUCGGACAUCUGCUCCAAUGGCGGUCGCUGCGUGGAGUCCUGCGGGGCCAAGCCAGACUACAUCUGCGAGUGCCUGGAGGGAUUCACGGGCAAGAACUGCACAGCACCGAUAACAGCCAAGGAGGAUGGGCCUUCGACGACGGACAUUGCCAUCAUUGUCAUACCCGUUGUGGUGGUUUUGCUGCUGAUCGCGGGAGCUCUGUUGGGCACCUUCCUGGUGAUGGCCAGGAACAAGCGAGCCACCAGGGGCACCUAUAGCCCCAGCGCCCAAGAGUACUGCAAUCCGAGGCUGGAAAUGGACAACGUGCUGAAGCCACCGCCUGAGGAGCGACUUAUUUAGUUUUGAGCAUGAGGACGAUUAGCAAAGCAAACAAAAGAUAUUUUUAAAUCCGCCCAUAUACACCUAGCCCUAGGAGAAACGCAAUGUCUUGUUCUAAGUUCGCCCCUAAUUACGGUUUACAUCUUAAGGUGCUCAAAGCAACAGCAGCAGCAGCCAGGCUUCCACCUCGACUCGCCCCCGAUCCCCUGCCUACGCUUUAGUUAGUUAAUAAUGCCGUUGUCUAUUUAUUCUAGUAGUUUAGAUGACAGACGUACCCCCUAUAGUCGUUAUGUAGUUACGUUCCGAUAGUUUAGAUUCAGUAUUCGAUUUCUCGUAUAUGUAAAUCCUAAAGCUGCGAACAAAGUUGAGCUCUGACACCGAUUCCCCGCCACCUCCACAUUCCGCACGGAAGCCUUUCAAAUGUAUUGUACGAGUAUUCUUGUAAAUAGAUUUGUUUGUCCAUUCUUAAACUAAAUUAGCUGAGCUAAAACCGAAUUCAAAAAAACUUAAAAUCCUAUAUGCCUAUAUAUACGAAAGUAUAUAUAUCAGAAAAUGUGGCCUUAUAACAAAAAAAAUAGUAACGAAAAGCAAUGACAACCAGAAAGAUCAUAAGAAACUAUUGGUUAAGUAAAUCAAAUAAAAGACAUUUUGCUCUAGAAUUUCUAAGCGUAAACUUAAGAGACUGUACUAUAUAAUAAAUAUUAAAUAUUUCGACUUUUUUCCAA